AUGAGUCCUCCUCAACGUCGUGGUGGACGCGUGCAUGGGGCUGAAGGUUACCACAAAGAAGACACAUUGGCACUACUUAAAUGUGUAAGAAACGUCGUGCCAACAACCACUGAAGAAUGGGAUCAAGUGCUGGUUUUAUACCGCAAGACGCACGCGAUCCCAAAUACUCGGUCACGACGUGACACGAAUUCGCUUAAGGUCAAAUUCAAGCAAUUGGCACGACAUUUUCGACCUGGACAGAGUGUGCACCCGGAAUUACUGGAAGCUGGAAGUAUUUUAGAGCUGAUUGAAGCCAAGAUGGCGGGUAGUCAGUGUCUCCAGAGACGUGGAGGUCGUGCACGAGGUGCUGAAGGAUUUUCAGCUGCCGACUCACAGGCAAUUCUAACGAUUGUACGAGAAGUUUUACCUGUAACGAGGUCAGAUUGGGAACAAGUUGCACAGGAAUAUUGCAAAGUGUAUGCAGUGCCUAAUGAUAGACUUAGUAGAGAUGGAAUCUCACUUAAAAGCAAGUUUCGGAACUGGCUAAAGAGUGAGGUCGGGGUCGUGCCACGCGCUGAAGUGAGUGAAGCGCUGGCGAUUCGUAUGGAAAUAACUGCUAAAAUGAGUCAGGGGAAGAACGUGGAAUUGAUGGAAGAUACGAGACAGGAAGUAGUCGGAGUGAGUAGAAGUGCUGAAGAGGUGGAAGGGAGAGAUACGUAUACGACCAAAGUAAUUGCUCUGGAGGCAGCGGACGGACAUGAGGACAGUACUACGAGCUGCGAAAGUAGAGAGAAGAGAUUCGGUGAUGAGCCCCGACGUGGUGGAAGGACUGUUGGAUCGGAAGGGUAUUCUCAAGCGGACAAAUGGGCACUAAUUUCGUCAGUCAAGGAGGUUUUGCCAUCAGGACCGACCAGCUGGGAGCGGGUGCUACAAUUGUACCGUAUGAACCACGCUAUCCCGAACGAUCGUGCGCAAAGGAAUCUGACAGGAAUCAAGAGCAAGUUUCGACAAUUGGUUAAUUGGAAGCAUGGUACCGGCAUGGAAAAGACGGUACCCGAAGAAACACUCGAAGCCCGUGCCGUACAACGAGAUAUUGAUUUUCGUUUGGCUCAGGGAAAGCGUCAACGUUCUGAAAGCGAAUCAAUCGUUUCUACUUCUCGUGCACCUGAGGAAGUAUCUCCAGAUAGAUGCGAGGAGCAUACUCUUCAUUUGACACACGCCGAGACACGAAAAAGUGACAACGUUGAGCGGCAAGUCAUGGUAGCUGAUGCGACGGAACGGUCAGUGAGUGCUCACGUCCCAGUUCCUGAACCUGUGGUGAAACGUCGAAAAGGAAGCAUCGGCACCAUCGAAAUACCAAAGGAUUGUACUGACGAUUCAGUUAGCUCCAAAAUUGCCAAUCGAGAACUCGAACUACUGCGGCAGCGCGAACAACGCGAAGCUGAGCAGGCAACAUGGGAAAAAGAGCGGACCAUGCGCGAGAAGCAACGCAUGGAUAUGGAGGCCUGGACGAUUGUGUGUGAUCGUUUGCAAAAAAAGCAGCGGCUUGCAGGUUUGAUGAUAUAA